UGUAACGGGGAGCUUAAAAAUGAUUGCCAUGAACCAAUAUUUUGUUUUAUUUUUCUUCUGCGUAACAUGGAGUGGCUUCAGACAGAGAUGGAAUGUCUUUGUAUCAGGAGCUGACCCGAGGCCUGAGAGUUCAGAUUGUUUAAUCUACUGUAAUCGGACACAAAUAUCAUGCCCCGAGGGAACCUAUUUUUCAUCAGGGAUCUGCCUUGAGUGUCCAGCAGGGCAGUUCUGUCCUGGCAAUGUGUCUGCACCCAGAAAAUGCCCUACUGGCAUGUUUAACCCUUAUACUGGAAAAAGCAGUAUCCAGGAUUGCCAGCCCUGUGUCCCAGGUUUAGUUAGCACAGAAGACCGUGUGGAAUGCAAGCUUUGUCCUGCUGGUUUCUCCUGUGACAGCGCAUCAGGCAACCUUACAGCAUGUCUCUCAGGACAGUAUUCUCCAGAGGGGCUCACCCAUUGCCUACCGUGCCCCUUUGGCUUUGUUUGCAUAGAGGGUUUUCAAAUGAAAUGUGGCCCUGGAGAAGAACCAAACUUUAAUCAGACGGAGUGUGUUGACUGUGCUGAAGGCUACUACUCCACUUUGUGCAGUGCUCAAUGUCACCCGUGUCCCGCAGGAAGCCACUGUCCAUACAAAAAGAUGUCCGCACCUCUUCCUUGUCCCGUGGGCCAUUAUUCAUACAUGCCGGGCCAGACUGAGUGUAAAAAAUGCAAUGGUUCUUCAGCCGGCAGGAGUACAGUGACUCCGGUCUGGUCAAGGGGACAGUCUCAUCUUGGUCAGAGGUCAAGACAGCUUAUCUCCUGUCCCCCUGGGACAUACAGAGACGGAGAAAGAUCAGACUGUGUUGUGUGUCCUGCAGGACAUUACUGUGUUGCAAAUAUUGCGAUACAGUGUCCGGCAGGAACUUAUGGACCAAAGGAAGGGCUACAGAGAGAGAGGGACUGUGCAAUCUGUCCUGCAGGCACUAAUACUGUCCUAUAGCUUUAC